UUCGAAUUGAGUGAUCUUCAUCCGGACGAGCGACAACGGCGGUCUUUGCCGCGCAACCUUGCUCCAUCCACGGCACAUUUCUAUCGCGCAUGGACAAUGGGCCGACGGUUGUCGGUGGUGGUGCUGCCACCCAUGACAACAACAACGGCUUAGUGCUGGACACGACGCUCUUGACUGGGUCGAAUGCGUUGGGGUUAUGGAUCACCAUAUCCGCCGGCAUAUGCUCCAAUCUUGGCGUACAGUUGCAGAAACAUGCCCAUCAAGCACGCCGUCCUCGUCUUGGCAAGGAGAACAACAGCGUCGGCAUGUAUUUCGCCCAGAAGCAAUGGAUCGUGGGCAUGGCACUGGUGCUCGUCGGCUCCAUCGGCGACUUUGAAGCCUUGAGCUUUGCGACGCAGUCGUUGGUGGCCACCGUCGGCGGCGGCACCACCGUCGUGACCAACGUGUUGUUUUCUACGAUUUGGCACGGCGAGCAUUUCACCAUUCGAGACGCGUACGGGACGUUUUGUAUCCUCCUCGGCGUCCUCUUGAUCGCCUUGUGUUCCCCCCAAGACGAGCAAUACAACGUCGAACAGCUAGUGUACAAGUUUCAAAGCCCGUCCGUAGUAGCCUACCUGGCGCUGGUAGCGGCGCUGCUGUACGUAUUGCAUGCCAUUGUUCAAGGCAGCAACGACAGUGACGACAUCCACAUCAUCGCCUUUCCCAGUGCAAUAAACGCGUGUCGUCAAACAAGUGCGCGCCUUCGCCGGUUUAUACCCGUGGACACUGGGAGCAUGAUGAUGGCCAGUCAAGAAUCGAUCCAACCGGUCGUGUAUGCGAUUAUGUCUGGAAUCAUGGGUUCGUUGUCUAUGCUAUUGGGCAAGUGUGCAUCCGAGAUGCUCCAGACUACCUUUCAAGGGUCGAGCCAGUUCAACCAUCCCGUGACUUAUUUGUUCUUUACGGGCAUGGUGGCCACAAUUGGCCUGCAAGUUCACUGGUUCAAUCAGUCGCUUAUGCGUGGGGACAUGGCGAUCGUGUUUCCCGUGUUUCAAGUGUUUUGGAUUGGGUUUGGCGUUGUCGGGGGCAUGGUGCUGUAUGGGGACCUGGCGCGACUCGAGUUUUUCCAAGGCGUGUCGUUUGUGCUCGCGUUUUGGUGCAUUCUCAUUGGAGUGUACAACUUGGCCCAGCAUGAAUCGCAAGGAGUGGACGCAUCACCAUCUCCCAAUCUCGUCCGCCCGCCGAACCUGCCGCCAUCCAUCGGUAGCACCGCGGCAAACUCGUACCUCGUUGACGCCUACCAAACGCUGCUCGAGUCGCAUGAAUCGCAGCAAAUGGUGGACAACUGUGACGAGCUUGGAAAGAUGGAGGCUGAGAAUCCAAACACGUAUCGUCCACCAGCGCUUUUGCGCACACUGUAACGAUUAUUUGUCCUUUUCGAUGAUAUGUGGACUUGGCUGCAGCACCGACUUAUGUUAGAUUGUACCUUCCUGCUUGAAUGUACUAAUAGUAUACUAGUAUAUUGGAUAUAUACAUAUUUGUUAACCAUGGACGUGCUGAUGGGGGGGGUAUACGGAUCGUUGAUUGGUUCAAAUAACUUCUCCCACGUGUAAUAAUCAUUUGAUAUUGUCAAUGAUAUCGAAAUUGGAGAGUUUGGG